AAACCUGUGGCUUUUGCUAUUUAUGGCCACGCUGCACGCAUUUUUUAUUCCUUCUCAUCUCUGCUCUUUCCUCUUCCUUUUGGCUUCCUUCGCUCACUGAAACGUGAAACCGUUCUCCCUACUUAUAGUUUCUACGUCGGCUUUGAUUCUUCUGUUCGGAGAGAAAGAUAACAAUGGCGACCAACUCGAUUCGAUUCUUCCCAUUGAACACUGGAGCUCUGAUCCCUUCAGUUGGCUUGGGAACAUGGCAGUCUUCUCCCGGUCUCGUUGGCGACGCCGUUGCUGCCGCCAUCAAGGUUGGUUACCGACAUAUUGAUUGUGCUCAGAUUUAUGACAACGAAAAGGAGAUUGGUUCAGUACUGAAAAAGCUGUUUGAGGAUGGUGUAGUGAAGCGAGAGGAUUUGUGGAUUACCUCUAAACUCUGGAAUACUGAUCAUGCUCCAGAAGAUGUUCCGAAAGCAUUGGACAGAACUUUGAGAGACUUGCAGCUUGAUUAUGUGGAUUUAUACCUUAUCCAUUGGCCGGUUCCAAUGAAGAAGGGAUCUGUGGGCUUUAAACCUGAAAAUCUUGAGUCUCCCAAUAUACCUAGCACAUGGAAGGCAAUGGAAGAACUCUACGACUCUGGCAAGGCUCGCGCUAUAGGUGUAAGCAAUUUCUCAUCCAAGAAGCUGGGGGACUUGCUGGAGGUAGCACGCAUACCUCCUGCUGUCAACCAGGUAGAGUGUCAUCCUUCAUGGCAGCAGGACAAGUUGCUGGCAUUCUGCAAGUCCAAGGGUGUGCACCUCUCUGGAUAUUCACCAUUAGGUUCUCCUGGGACAACCUGGCUUCAAAGUGAUGUUCUGAAGCAUCCGGUCCUGAAUUUGAUUGCUGAUAAAUUAGGCAAGACUCCUGCACAAGUAGCUCUUCGCUGGGGACUGCAAAUGGGUCACAGCGUGCUUCCCAAGAGUACAAAUGAAGCAAGGAUAAAAGAGAACUUUGACAUUUUUGACUGGUCUAUACCUGAUGACUUAUUCACAAAAUUUUCCGAGAUUCAGCAGGCGAGAUUAAUCAGGGGUACUACAUUUGUCCAUGAAACUCAUGGAAUCUACAGAUCUCUUGAGGAAUUGUGGGAUGGUGAAAUCUGAGCGGUAGACUGGGUGGCCAAUUGGAGAAGUCGAAGGAAUAAGAGAAGUGUCUUUUAGCCUUUUAAGUUUGUAGGGGCGCAAGGAAUGGGGAAAUAUGUUGACUCUGUUCAGUUUGUCAGCAAAAUAUGGGCUUACAUAUGUUUGAUGGAGCAAUAGUUUAUCUUUUUAUGAAUUACUGGAUGACAAAUGUGGUUGCUCUUUCAAUCACUACAAGUAUCAAUUUUUGAGUUUUCUAGUA